GUUUGAUUUAUCAUUUCGAGGAGACGACCAGAGGUUUAUGGAGUUGGAAAGAGCCUAGACGAUUCAAGAAUUCGUAAAGUCUAUUGAGAAACGGAAUUUUGAAUUCGAAUUUCAAUAUCUGAGACAAAGCACUGAGACGAAGGAACACGACAAAUAACUGAUUAAGACUGUUCAAGUUUAAAGACUGAAUCGAUACUCGAAUAUAUUGCCAUUUUCGCAUUCGAUUGUAAAACCAGAAGCCUAAUCAACUAAUAAAUUUAGUACUCCGAGAGAUAAAUUUUACAUCAAUGCGAAUUACAUAAAGGGAAUUAAUAAUGUUGAGAAACAAUACAUUGCAACUUAAGGACCCAUUCCAGAAUCUAUUGAUGAUUUUUGGCAUAUGGUUUGGACUAAUAAUGUUGGAGUCGUAAUCAUGUUGUGUGCUCUGUUUGAUAGAGGAAGAAUCCAAUGCGAGAAGUAUUGGCCCAGUCAAGGAUAGAAGGCACAAUUUGGUCCCUACGAGGUGAACACCAUUUCUUAAGAGGAGGCUCCGAAGACUUUCUUUAAAAAUAAGAUCAUCCUCAGAUGUUAAGAUGAGUAACGGGAGAUUCUUCAUUUUUAAUGGGCUGGGUGGACUGAUUUCGGAGUUGUUGAUAACUCAUAAUUUAAAAUUCUUGAUAUGUUGGCAGAAGUCUCAAACACGGCUGGUAUGUAGAAUAAGAGACCAGUGGUUCAUUGCAGUGCAGGAGUUGGAAGAACAGGAACAUUCCUAGCCAUAUGUCAUAUAAAAUAGUUAUUAAUUAAUAAUCAAGCAAAAAUAUCUGUAUUUAGUAUUGUGAGAAGACUGAGAGAGUAGAGAGCCUUAAUGAUCUAGACACCUGAGUAGUAUCAAAUGGUGUAUAGGUACACAAUCUGGUUGAUAGAAAAUUUGAAAUAUAUCUGAUAUUUAGAUGAAUAUGUUAUUAAAAUUCAACCUC